AGUGGCACAGGUGACCUGUGCUGUGAAUGACAAUUAGACAAUUAGUUGACAUUACCUUGUAUUUUAGCCCUUUUUGAUCACCGAUCAGUGCCCGGUUGUCUUUUACGACGUCUCACAAAAAUCUUCUCAAUUCUAGUUUCCUCUCUCAAAGCUGGUUCAGAAUGCGCUAUAGCCUCUCCUCGUUCUGCGCGCCAUGCCAGAAGUCCUUCACAUCAUAUUCCCAACAUUUGCCCAUCGCAGUACUCCCGCAAGGUAACAUAUCUCUUCAGACUCUCAACGAUCUAGUCGAUCAAGGACAGGUACCAACAAGUUUUUUCUUCGACGACACCGGAACUGUGUGGCAGCCGGUUUCGUCACUCAAUGAAGAGCCGGGUGUUAUCUUGUCCUGUAGAACCGAUAAUUUCUCACCACCUACCGUGAUCCCAGUUAUAUCAGAGUGUUACUCAACACCUGAUCUCCCUAACGAAAUAUGGAUCCGGAUUUUCGCAGAAGUGUCUACAGACUUUCAUCAAUGGCUGACACCCCUACGCAUCAGCCUAGUAUGUCGUCACUGGCGCCGACCGGAUAUCGCACACUCUACGCCACAGUUAUGGACAAGCAUCUGCGCUGACGUACCAUAUGUCAAGCGGAGCGGGAGGUGGACAUCCUGGCGGAUCUUCGAAAUCGUCUGGUGGUACCUCCAUCUGUCGAAACACAAGGCCCUCGAUGUGAAGGUGGACUUGCUGGGAUACGACGGUGAUUUCGAGUUCGAGCGCACGGUGGAGAUGGUCACAGAACACUCCGCGAGAUGGCGUAGCGCAGAUAUCAGGGUGGCACCUUCGAGUUUGAUGUAUUUCAAAGGCGUGGCUAGGAGGCUCCCUCUGCUGGAGAGUCUCUGGGUGGACGUCUCAGAGGAAGCUUAUCGAGAUAACUGGAAGCGGUUCAAAGGUUUUCGUCACUCCCCCAAGUUGGUGUCUCACAGCCCUGGUGGUAUUAGCCCAAGGCAAUGCAUUGUUCCUUGGAAGCAACUCAAGACCGUAAUUUUGCGAGAUUUCUUCGACUGCCUGUACGAUGAUUUACGCGAUUCGAAGACGCUCGAUCAUCUUAUCCUGUCUCCAGAAUGCGAAUUUGAAACUGGCUUUGGGUCUGUGACGACUCUUCGUGCGUCGACGCUAACGUUACAGUCGUUUCCGCGCCUUGUUGCUUCUUUUCUCGAGGGCUUCAGGUUCCCCUUCCUGACGUCCUUAAACCUUUCGGUCCCUGAUGCGGAAUAUGCACGGCCAUUUCCGACGGAUUCCCUUCUGCGUCUACUUCAACAGUCACAGUGCGAGAUUCAGCACCUUGUACUGAAGAGGGUGCAUAUCCUGUGCGAGGACAUGAUCAACGUGCUUAGGGCGACUCCGACUUUGAUGUCCCUGGUUAUACAUGAACCAGCUUCGACCUACUCUCAAACGCAUUGCAUCACAAACGAAUUUCUUCGAUAUCUUACGAUGUGCACAGUGCUUCCGAAGCUCAAAACCUUAGAAUUGGUGUGGAAUUAUGAUGCAUAUGAGGAUUGCAUCAUCAGCAUGGUCGAAUCUCGUAUUAUGAAAUCAUCAGCGUAUGAGGGAGUGCAGCUAGAAGGGAUUGUGCUGGGUCGUCGCAAUGGCGUUGAUUUAGAAUUGCCGACCAUAGAACGAAUGAAUGGUCUGAGAAAGUGUGGAUUGCACGUUUCUUUAUGGUGAGAGCGCGCGCUUGUAGUACAAUAGAUGUCAUGACUGUAGGCUAUAUGCAGUGUUAUAUUGUAGUCCAUAUAUUUUUACAGUGAGCACCGGUGAAG